CUUCCUCUGCCUUUUUCUUGCGACAAAGGCAAAGAUACAAAGUCUGUCGACUGCUCCGCCGCGUGCUUCAAUACAAAGACCCCCCGUGUUCGAAAAGAUAUGCCAAUGCUGCGAACACAGUAUGUUUCCGCGAUGAACGGCUCUAGCCUCGCGAAGAGAUGCUCAGCAACCGCGUCGAGCUUACAUCCUACGAAAAGACGCUACCUACCAGUUCAUACUCGUAGAUUCCAGUCGACGACGGCCGCAACGGAAGAGGUAGCGGACUCUGGAAGCUCAAGCACCCAGGAGAAAUCACCGAAACUGGACAUUGCCUCAUUGCUAGCAAAGCCAUCGUGGUCCGUCUCGUCGCUCCUACCGCCGAAGAAUCUUUCCGACGGCCCGCCACCGAUCACAUCUGAGAAACUACACCACCUUCUGCGACUGUCUGCGUUGCCGCUUCCCACCUCCGCAGAAGAGGAAAAGAGGAUGAUGGACGACUUGGCAGCGCAGCUCCACUUCGUCAAGGAGAUGCAAAAAGUCGACACUACUGGCGUCAAGCCUCUUCGCGCAAUCAGGGACGAAACCGCGACAGCAGAAAAGGAACAGGAGAUAACGCUGGAGACGCUCAAGGAUGCACUCGCGCAGGAGGAAAUCGUAGGCAAGCACUACCAGAGGAUUAGGAGGAAGCCGGAAACGGAGAGGCCGCAGCGACAACCGAGCGAUUGGGACCCCCUCAGUCACGCGCAAAGAAAAGCAGGGAACUUCUUUGUGGUGGAUACUGGGAAGGGCAGCGGCGACUAAGUCGCCCUGGCCCCUGUUUGGAUAUCAUUGUAGUACAACGGCGGCGCCGACAUUGCAACUGGAAACCAUGAUACUGCACCAUCAGCUUCUUGGUGUUCACACCAGGCAACACCAUGAUGUCAGACAUCCUGAGUCAGGCAUCUGCGAGUAUGAAGUCUCGAAAGCCCAAUCACACCUCAAGUUCCGGACUAGCGCCAGGCCUUUAUUUCUGAUCACGUGUUUUGGUUCCUUCUCAACGACGACCGACGAAGGGCUAACCUUCAACCGUUUUGUUCAAAAAGCAUCGUUGGAGGUACUUCGCAGGCAGUGAUUCCGACAACACUCGCAGAAUCUUUCCUCAUUGCUAACACCAACCUUUUGCGAGAAGACCCUUCCCCUAGGGCUUGCAGGCGGCGACAGAAGGGAGUUGACUUUUGGUCUUUGAGCAUCGCAGACAUAUUCGACGGCCCCAACUUCUUUAAGAUAUUCCUUUUGAAGUUGUGCUCUCUGCUCCUUUUUCAAGUCAUCAUAUAACGGUUCGUCUGAAUUCAAUAAUCGGCGAAGACCCUGCACGAUGAGCACCGAUGAUGGCAACUCCAUUGCAGUCUGCAAAGCUCGCUCUCGAGAUUCUGCAGUUACUCCGCUGGGCUGCUGGCGAUAACCCUCACUGUUGGUUAGGCUUGACUGUCGUCGACGGUAUCGUGACUCGUAAGUCCGCACCACAUCACCAUCAAUAACUUCCUUGCGGCGAUAGUGGCCUGUAAUCGACGUGCAAGAGCCGUCGUUGGUGUUUUGCUCACGCGCUGGUGUCUUGGGUGGCGACAGCAUACUUGCGUUCAGCGACAACAAGGUCUCACGUGGAGUAUGAGACAUGACCUCAAAAUGACUUGGCAGAACCGACGACGGAAGCAGAUGACGAGUGACAAAUGCCUAGAGCGCUUUGACACCAAGGCAGUUGGCACAUAGAGGAAUAGGAAAGAGGAAAGGAAAGAGGUGCAGAGGUGGGAGGAGUGGGCUAUAAGUAGGUUGACUGAUGUGCCAGGCUUGGCACACUUCCCUUUCGGGCUGCAGGAUUCUUGUAUUCUCUCGAUUUGGGAUCUGAAUUUCAAUUAAUCGUUUCACAAGCGUCCAGGAAGCUUUUGCGGCUCCGAUCUCGCCACUGUUGGCCUAAUACUGAUUUUGAGGCCGCGCGAGGAUGUCUGAUCUGCAAGACCAGCCAUAGAACACUUUCUGUCAUCGAAACCCGGUGCCAAGCCACCUAUUUUGAUCAAUGGACUCCAAAUUGAAUCCCUGAUGGCUCUUCUUGAAUCUGUAUGCUGGUCAUCGCUUGCUCCUGCCAAUCAGCUUUCCGCAUGGCUUGCGGAAAAUGGGCUCGCAUCACCUUGAAAUCACCUCUGAUCUUCUUCGACGAUCUCCACACCUCUCUUUUGUGUGAAAAGAAGAAUUCACGGGCUCAAGGACGGCCAGCAUGGAAUCUUAUACAUAAUAGCCGUGGGAGACGUGCGCAACCUCUUCAGUGGCUCAUCAUGGGCCUAUGUAGAAUGUAUCAACGGACAAUAUGAGCUUACUAUCUAUUCACAUAAGAUUUUUACACCGAUAAUAGACAAUAUUGAGGC